CUUGCUCUUCUCAAACCCCUUGUUUGUCCCGGCUAUCACUCCUAUUGUUCGAACAAGCUGACACAUGACUGUCUCAGCCUUCUCCUGUUCACCAUGAAUGCGACUUGAUCUUCUCCGACCACACCGGUCGUUUGUGUUAGUGCAAGAAGGAGGGAGGGGUAACCUCUGCCAGAGAAGCCACAUUGACACACAUCUCGCCACCAUUUGUACUGAGACUGGGGCUCUUCUGACAGGAGGUACCUCAAGACGCACUUGCAACCAUGUCCAUCAAUUGGGUUAUGCUAGACGGCAAAGGAGGCUUUGUCCCGUUGCCAUCAGAAAGGAUCAUCCACAAGUCAUCACCACGAAUUAGUCUCGCCAUCACUACGCCUUCAACAUAUCCGGGGAACAAUCCGUUGGCGAUCAACUGCAGCUCUGGCAUCGUCUAUCUGACCAAUCAAAGAAUAGUGUAUCUGCCCGAGAAAUCCGCCUCGGAAUUCAAAUCCUUCUCUGCGCCACUUCUCAAUCUGCAUGACACACAUCUUACCGUUCCCUGGUUUGGUCCCAAUGCAUGGCAGGCGAUCUUACAGCCUGUUCCUGGGGGCAACAUCCCGGCGACCCACGCGGCUGUUGAGCUCAAGUUGACCUUCAAAGAAGGCGGAGCUCCUGAUUUCCAUUCGACUUUUGAACAGAUCAAAGAAAGACUCCAGCAAGUCGUGUCCGCAGCGAGGGAGAGCAACGUGACUGGCUCGCGGCAAGAUGGCUUCUUGGGCAAUGUGAACCUGGACAAUGUCCAUCUUGAUCAGUUGCCUUCAUAUAACGAGUCUGGGCAUGACCCCAUAGCUCCGAUCCAAUCCACCACCACCAGUGAGGAUGCAGAUCCUCCUAUUCUGGUCAGUCCUCGUGCGGCUCCUGCAUUGAGGCGAGCUGGAACACCUCAAGAGGAAACCCAGGCACCGAGCGAUGCGCCGCCGGGGUACGAAGAGACACAGCAGCAGAGCAUCCAGGCUGAGCUAGAUCGGAGGUUGUCGGACACUCGCGGCUGAACGGCAAUGAAGGAGAUCUCGCGAGCCAGCGGCCACUUUUCUGUUAUUGUGCAUGUACGAGGUAGAGAUGGGCGUUCUCCCUAGAAGGAAAAGGUACCUUUACCGAGAGACCCGAGGCCAACCUCAUUCAAAUUUUCGGACGCUUCUUUUCCUUAGCUGCCAACGUCAUGAUACAAAUUCAGCUUUGAAGGGAGGUUUCAGUGAUGGGUGUCCUGCUUGAAUUGGGGAGUCCGUAGAAAAAGACUGUCUUGGCGGC